AUGCAGCUCUUGAUCUUCAUCCUGCUUCCCGUGGCCUUUCUCCUUCCCCCUGGGUCUCAAGCUGGUGAGAUCAUUGGAGGACAGGAAGCCCAGCCCCAUUCCAGGCCCUACAUGGCUUAUUUGGAUAUACAAAGGGGAGACAAGAGGUCUCGAUGUGGAGGGUUCCUGGUGUCAGAGAACUUCGUGCUGACGGCCGCUCACUGCAAUGGAGACAAGAUCACUGUGUACCUGGGAGCCCAUAACAUUCAACAACGGGAACAGAGCCAACAGAAAAUCCCCGUGCACUGCCGGAUCCCCCAUCAGCAAUACAACAGAGAGACCCUUAACAAUGACAUCAUGUUGCUGCAGCUGUCACACAGCGCAGUGCUGAAUAACUGGGUGCGGCUCAUCCCUCUGCCAAACGCCAACUCCAGGGUGAGGCCGGGAUCCAUGUGCAGCAUGGCUGGAUGGGGUCGGACUGGCUGGAACAUAAGGACUGAUACUCUCUGUGAGGUGUACCUGGAGGUCAUGAGGGACAACAUGUGUGAGCUGUAUUCUGGAUACAACCCCUCAACGAUGCUGUGUGUGGGGAAGCCCAGCAUGCGCAAAUUACCUUAUCGGGGUGAUUCUGGUGGCCCCUUGGCAUGUGACGGAGUGGCCCAGGGCAUCGCUUCAUAUGUUGAUGGGAAUUUCUACCAACCAAGUGUGUUCACAAGACUCUCCACCUUCAUCCCCUGGAUCCAGAACAUUCUGCAGAAACAGCACUAG